AUGGCCGAUUCACCGAGCUCGCGGAGAAUUCGAACACCGCUUGGGUUUCUGGAUGCGACCGGCUCCGACGACGAGCUCGGUCCUAGUGUUGAGAAUGGAAUUCAUGUGUACACUACCCACGAAUACGACCGACAGAUUUGCCGCAACAGAGACGAACAAGAACGAGUUCAGAAGAAAGUGUUUGUAAAUUGGAUAAACCAUGUGCUGGCACAGAGAGUCCCACCAUCGCGUAUCAAAGACCUCAUCGAGGACCUCCGCGAUGGGACGAAACUCUUGGCGCUUCUCGAAGUGCUGUCUGGCGAAACCCUCCCCGGGGAACGGGGGAAGAUUUUGCGCAGGCCGCACUUCAUUUCCAACGUUAACAAUGUCCUCCGAUUCCUGGAACGGCGAAGGAUAAAAUUGGUGAACAUCAACUCGACUGAUGUGGUCGACGGGAAACCGGCCAUCAUCCUCGGCUUGAUAUGGACCAUUAUUCUGCACUUCCAGAUAGAGCAACACACGGCUCUCUUCCAGCCCUCGGCAUCUUCUCCGGCUCAUGUAGCAUCUCCGGCUCGAGACAGAGAAUCGGUCGCCGACAAGUGGAAGGGAGGCGCAAGAAAAGCCCUCUUACAAUGGGUCAAAAACGCCAUCAGCCAACGUUUCGGUAUCCACGUCAACGAUUUCGGCCCUUCGUGGCGAGAUGGGAUGGCAUUCCUCGCCAUCGUCUCAAGACUCAAACCCUCCUCGGUGGAUCUGGACGCCGCCCGUGAUAUGGGCAAUCGGCAGAGACUCGACACGGCAUUCAACGUCGCGGAACGAGAAUUAGGAAUCCCAAAACUCAUUGAUUCCGAAGAUGUUGACGUUGCACAACCAGACGAGAAAUCAGUGAUGACCUACGUAGCUCAGUUCCUACAUAAGUAUCCAGAGUCGUAUUCACAAGUCCGAGAGAUGCCGACGGGUAGCGAUCCAGAUUUGGUGAAGAUGAGUGAGUUCCUGACACGAGCUGAAGACCUAUUGAAUAGUCAAAGUUCAGACCUCAACGAACAAGUCAAGAGCUAUCGCAGUCUGAAGAACGAAUACCGGGACUUGACAUCGCUGUACAAUUCACUGCGGAACCGAGUUCGCACUGAAACUUCCAUCGCGACGCAGUGGCCCCAGGUGGACCAGAGGUGGAAAAACGUUGGCAACCUGCUGAAAGCUUGGUGGCAACGACUCACCUCCGGUCUUUCGUAUGAAACUCUGACGUUCUUGCAAUUCCUGGAGGAUGCCGAGCAUCGCCUAGCUCAGCCUGCGAUACCACCGGAAAUGGCCCCGGACGACAUUGCUCGUAUGAAUCAAAUCGUGGGCGAUCAUGAUCUGUUUUUGAAAGACCUGCAACAAAUCAAACAGUGGUUCGACUCAGCCAAGCCAGACCAAUUCAAGAUUGCUGCUUUGUACGAAGACUCGAAAUCGCGACUCGGCGAAAUUUCAAAGAGAGCUUCGGAUCGGAAACUACUCCUUCAGCUAUAUCAGCAACGCGCGAAGAUGUUGACGAUUAUUUCCAAGGCGAGAGGGGUGUUCUCCAGGUGGCGUGUGCCUCUCGCUCUAAGAGAUGGUCUGAACCACGAGUGGGACGCAGCGAAAAUCCAGCUAGAAACGUACACGACAGACUUCGCAAAACUCAAUCUUGAAUUCCGGGCUGCGCUCGACGGCUGCACUUCAAACGGAGCCAUGAAUUUCCCCGAAGCCGAACGUUUGGGCCGAGAAAUCACCGAACAAUGGGACGAUGUGCAAACGGAAAUGCGCUCGCUGUACGAGAUCCUCGAUCAGCUAUUCAAGAACCUUCGAUUCUACACGGAGAACUUCGAUCGAGUCUACGGCUGGAUCAGGGAGGCGGAGAUGAUGGUUUCUGCGACCGACAGCAAAAAACUCGAGUUUUUCGCGUCCGCCAAACAAUUCAGCGAGUUGAAGAACCGUGUGGUUGAAUCCGGAAGUUUCUGCCAGGACAAAGUACAAGAACCUCUAGCCAGUGCAAUCCGAAAUCAAUUGAGUGAUCUUCAGAGACGAUGGAACGCACUGAGCCAAAUUAUCGCACCGUUUUUGACUGCCGGCGAUUCUUUAAAGAAACGCCUAGAUGUUCAGAGAGAAAUCGAUUCCCUUAAGGAAGCGAUCGCCAAACAUGAACUCCUUCUCAACACCAGGUUGCCUUAUGAGAGGCCUGCGCUCGAAAAGCACGCUGAUGACUUGCGUAAAAGUCAGAGUGAGCUACGCAGCCUCGACGAACGAUGUAGAGAGCUCUCACGCAAAGUUCAAGGGAUGGUAUCGGAGCUUUCGGCUCCUGAAAUCGAACAAUUGACAAACGUUCUCAGGAUGGAGAAAGAUAAACUGGUCAUAGUGCAGGGUAGGCUAAAUUCGAAGCUCACCCAGAUACAGAAUCUUCUCGGAUACCUGACAUCUCUACUCUCGGAGCUUGACACGAUACCGCCGUGGCUCGAUCAAGCCGAAGUAUUGAUCUCAACCUAUGCCGCUCCCGUCGACAAACGGUCUGUGGAGACUCUUCUUCAGAAGCAUCGCGACUUCUUCUCAAAGCUUUCCGAAAUUCAAGCUGUGCUUGACUGCAAGAACAAGAUUAUGCGGGAUAUCAAGGAGGAAGCCGGACCCGCAAACGUGGACGUCGGCGCCUUGGACCACAAGAUUGCCUCCAUCUACCAAAGAUUCACGAAUGUCCAAGAUCUCUCGAAGCAAUGGGAAAAGGCGCUGGACGAGGCUCUGACCAGAUGGACCAACCUGGAAGAGCAUACUUCGAACCUGGAGUCGUGGCUCUCGGAAGCCGAGCCUCUCGUCGAGAAGGAUAGCAAUGUCAUGGAACAGGUGGCGUUUUUCUCGCGUCCCUACCAACAUUUGUAUUUGUCGUUCAUCGCUUCUGCAAAGGAUGUACUCUCGACCGUCGACCCGUCGCAAGUCGCGGCGCUCAGCCAACGGGUGACAGCUCUGCAAGAACGCUAUAAGGCGGUCAUCCGCGUGCUACCCGAUCCGUCCGAGCAAUCGAAACUGAAUCAGCUUAACCAGAAAUUCAUGCUCCAUCUCGAGAACAUCAGGAAAGAGCUUCGAGAAGAACUCGUACUCAUCACCAGUGGCCGAUCCGAAAGCGCCAACGUAGCUCAGCGGCACCGAGAGUUUUUCCGGGACUGUGGCGACCUCAAGCUUCUGCACGAAAUCAUUCGGGAUAUGGAGGCAUUGGCGACCAAUAACGAUUCGCGACCCGUACAUCCAUUCAAUAGUGAAAUGAUGUUGAACAAUCAACGGGAACUGAAAGACGUGAUCGACGAAAUUCAACGAACCAAGAAUCUUUUGACGAUGUCGGACAAGCAAUACACGGAGUAUCAGACCAGAGUAAAUAAAUUGAUAACCUGGAUGGACGAUGUAGACAAAAACGUUACCACACUCCUCGAAAACGAUAUACCCUCAUCGAGCGACUACGAGAAACUUCGAGAGAAGUUCAACGCGAUCUGCGCCGAUGUUUCGUCGAAAGAAGACGACAUCAAGUGGCUCAUUCGACAGCUCCAACAAUUGAUACCAAAUAUGACUCAGGAGCAGGCCACUGCCGAGAAGGGGAAUCUCGAGUUCCUGGUCCAGAGAUAUCAACAAUUAGUUCCAUCGAUAGAGAUGACGACGAAAGUUUCAGAAACGAUUCACAAGAUCAUAAUCUAUCGAGAGGAAGUUCACAAAGUCACAAAAUGGAUGACCGAAAUCAAAACGAGCGAACUGCCCGUCGAUCAACUUCAGAACAUUCAGAGGGAGCACCAGGAGCGAGUGAUUAAACUGGAAGCUGAGAAAUCUGCACUUUUGGACGAAGCUCGUAGAGUCGCCCCUGGAAUGGUUGUGCCCAAAGCUCUGAGCCAACAGGUCAACCAGCUCCAAGGAGACUUCACGCUGGUUUCGGAGUGCGCGAAAAAGAACGUACAAGCGUUGCAGGAACAGAGUGAGGCAUUGGCAAGAUCUUGCGAGGACCUGAAACGGGAGAUCCUCGAACUGCUGGCAUUGGCCGAAUCCAACUACUCGUCAUUCGGAAAAUAUUCUACGCCCUCCGAACUCAUGGAAGCUCUCCGCCUCAAAGAGGAGAAACACAAGAGCUACAUAGACAAGACGCAAGACCUGCUCAGGCGACUGAAGCAGUAUAAGUUCGAGGACAGUAAAUUCACGGAGGAGGUGACGAAAAUCGAGAAGCAGACCCAUGUUGUGUUCAAUAAGGUGGAGGAGAAGAGCACCAAACUCAAGUGCGCUGCAAACAAGGCACUUAAGAUUGCGGAACAUGUCGGAACCACCGACCUCUCGGACACGAGUAGCGCGAAUAAGGCCAAAGUCGAACAGCUCAUAAGCGAGGUGUCGGAAGACAACGAUUUAGCCGAGGUCUUGCCAAUGUUGCCUGACAUCGCGCAGAACAUCAACACCGCGCAGCAGCAGUUUGUCAAGAUACAACACGCCGAAAAGGCUCAGCAGGCUUUGCUCACGGCAAUCGACGAGGAAUUCAGACAGGCCGAGUCGCAGGUGAACGAUUUGACGUACACAACUCCGAGCUUCAGUCGCAUCGAAGAUUGCCGCUCGUACUUGCAAAAAAUCACCACGAUCUCGAAUAAUGCGAAGUCGCGCAUCACUUAUGCCGAUAACCUGUGCUCGAUGGAAGACUUGCCAGAAGAAGCUCCCCAGAAGAUACAAGAGUUGAAGUCCCUGUGGCAGAAAGUCGAUCAAAGGGCAGCCGAGAAAAUCGAGCGGCUGACUACGGCUCUGAACGAGCGAACGCAGUACGACGGUGUCGUGGAAAGAUUCGAAGAUUGGCUGGAGAAGCUCCGGCAAGCUCUCAGAGACCGCAAGAAGGCUACAAAUCCUCACGAGGUCGAACAAGAAACAACCGACUUGAAGAAGAUCGCGGCUGAUAUUCAGGAGCAGCAGAAGAGUAUCACCGAUAUUCAGAGCAGAAUAGACGAAUCAAAGCUCAGCGAAUUCCUGCAUCCGGAAGCGACGCGACUUCAAAACCGUCUGUUCACAAUCAAGAAAGAAACGACAAACAUAAUGGACUCAAUCAGGAAACAAACCAAUGAGCUGGCGAACGUAAUCAGCGAGCAGAAAAUAGUGGAGAAACGUAUCGUCGCGAUCGAGGGCAACUUGCAGAAGAUCCUCGAGCAAGCGCCGAAAACGAUGUCCAUAAGCCAGACGGUGGAUAAGAACACCACGAUCGCCAAGAAAAUUAUCGACGACACCACGAACGACAUCAACGAGCUCAUGCCGAGCGUGAAACGGCUCGUGGAACAGCUGCCCGGAGCUGCGCGACCUCUGGAACAAAGACUUAGCGCGCUCAGCAGCCGAAUCUCAACUCAGCGCGAGCUCCUCGAUAAGCGGUCCACCAUUGGUAAAGAUGUGAAUGACUUCAACAACUGGCAACGCGAUCUCAUCGAGCAGCUCAAACUACUCGAGCAGCAGUUGGGAACGACAAAACCUAGUCCUGAAUUCCUCCAUAAAGUGAAGCUCACCCUAAAGACCAUCGAGACGACGAUAGUCGAGAAACGUCAGAUGGUCGAAGGCCUCCAACAGCGCCUUAACGACAUUGGACUGACGCUGACCGACGUCGACGACAAGCCAACGUCCCUGAUCGACGAAGUGGACAAACUGCAAACGAUGUUCGGCAACGUUAACCAGCUUUUUCGUCGCCGAACGGAACAAGUCGAAAAAAUGCACGCUCAGUUAGACCAGUUCAAUCAGUCGGCUACGUCCAUCAACACGAGCAUCGAGAACCUUCAUUCGGAACUCAAGGCCUUGAGAUCGAUCGAUAGCUCCUACGUCGCUCUCAAGGAAAUGCGGGAGAGGCUCGUGCAAAUUCAGAACACGAUUCCCUCCUCGAUCAUCGAGCAGGUCAACGAAAUGGGUCGGAAACUCAUCGAGCAGGAUUCGUCGGCGAUAUCUAGCGUCCAGAACGUCCUGAGUGCGAUCUCGAAGAACUUCGACGUAGUCAGUUCUGACGUCGAUAGGCGAUUGGCGAACGUCGAUGGCGCGAGACAGAUGUGGGACGAAUGCCGAGAUCUCCAGAAUGUGGUGGAUAGCAUUCUGAAGAGCACCGUCGAACAGAUCGAGCGAGCGAAGAGCGCGACCGGCCCCGAGAUUCCUGAAGCGAGCAGCCAAUUGAAACAGACGAAGGGAAUCCUCAUCGGCCAAAGGCCCGCCGUUGAACAAUACGCGCGGAAGGUCAAAACCCUUUGCGAGAAACUCGAGGCCGUCCCGGGCUUCAACACCACCACAUUGAAAAACGAAGCUCAGGAUAGGAUUUCACAGUUUUCGGUCCUAUACGAGCAGAUUACGCAGCUGCUGGGAAAUCUGGAGAAUCUGAACACGGCGCUGCAUCAAAUCGAAGUUGCACGUACUUCAGUCGACAAGUGGGUCACAGAAAUGUCGAGCGAGCUCGACGAAGCUCUCGCCAAGUUGUCCGAACCCAGAGCGCGUUCCGUUCUGGACCGCUACCACAUCGAGGCCGAGACACAGCGGAAUUUCCUGAGGAGCGUUCGCGAUAAGAUUUCCUCGCUGAACGGGAUCCUCGACACGGCGCCUCUGACCAACCAAUUCGAUUCGGUCGAGCAGCGGCUCAACUCGUUGCAGUCCAGGGCGUCUCUGCUCGAGUCGAAACUCCGAAACGUUCAGGAUGCCGAAGACCGAAUCCGUCAGAGGCUGGCUCGCUUCGCCGAAUGGCUCAAGGAGCGACGGGACGUUGUGUCGAAGUGUGACACGGACGAUAUUUCCACGUCGAUGCGUCUCUGCACUGACGUCAAGAACAGCCUCGAGUCGAGCAGUGAGCUCCAGCAGAUCAACGACGAGAUCACCGGGCUGCAGAAAGAACAGGAAGCGCUCGACUUGGUGCAUCUCUUCAAGGACCUGAACAACAUCGAGAAGCGUUUCGCUAACGUGCUGCAGCAAACGAAUAAGACCAUCCAGACGAUGCAGUCCCUGAUGGAGAGGAAAUACCAGACCGCGUUCAACGACGCCCAGCGUUGGAUUCACAACACGGACGAGAAAAUUCACUGGACCGUCAGCAGCAAUCCCGCCAUGGACAAAUUCAGUGUCGAAGCAAAACUCGCCACUCUCUCCGAAAUCGCGUCCAGCAUGCCGGUGGGCCGAGAGAAACUCAACGCGCUCCGGCAGUCGGUCGUUCAGUUUCCUGAGAAACAGAACGAGUUGAGCGCCGUGGAAGACUCGUUCGCCCAGGUCGAGAUCAACCUCGCCGACAACCAGGCGCAACUGGAGCACGCCUUGCAGCAGUGGCACGCUAUCGAGCAGAUGAUCGCUAAUCUGGGUCAAUGGCUCUCGUCGAUCGAGGUCCAAGCCAAGUCCGAAACUGGUCAAGCCUUCAGCCUGACUCAGAAUUUCGAUCAACAAAUUGAAACACUGGAGAGCCUGCUGCAGACUCUCAACACACGACAAGCCCAGUUCUCGCAGCUCGAGCAAAUGAUGUCCCGCAUCACCACCGAUGGUUCGGAUGCGUCCCUCGAGAACCAGGUGCACCAUAUCGUCCAAAGGUAUAAGAUGAUCAAGACCUCGCUGGAAAGGGCGGUCAGCCAACUCAGAAACCUCAUCAGCACGAAAACCUCGUUCAACGACCGCUGUCAACAAGUUCAGAUGAAUACCGAAAAAGUAGAACAGGUUCUGGCUUUGCCCUGCGGCAAUUCGAAACAAGAACUCGACGCGAGAAUCGAACAACUCCGGGCGCUAUGCAACGCGAAACCGGAAUUAGAGAAGCCGGUCAUCGAAAUGUCCGAGCUCGGGGAGAAUAUCCAAGGAUUCCUUAACAUCGAGUCGCGUGACCAGAUCCGUACCCAGAUGCGUCGGCUCAAGGACCGUUGGGAGGACUGUUGGACGAAACUCUACGACCAGAUCAAAAUUCUCGACUCCAGCCUGCUGUCGUGGUCUGGCUUCGAAGACACGCUCGGCGUCGUCGUUGAGUGGCUAAACCAACUGGAACAGCAGGUGUCGUCGUCCGUCGAGCUCGUGCCGUCCCUAUCCGACAAGAUCACCCAGCUGCAGAGCUACAAGAGUUUGGGUCAAGAUAUCUGUUUGCACGAACCGGUGAUGAAUAAAUUACGCGAGUACUCGACCAACAUGAGCGAUCAAAGGGUCAAUGCAAAAGUGACCCAGGCUUUCGAGCGGCAUACACAGGCUCAGACCGCGGUUCAAAAAUGCGUGGAACUUUGCUCGCAACGAGUCAAUCACCACGAAGAUUUAAAGCUGAAAUUAUGCGAUAUGAGAAGCCUGAUUGGCGACGUCGAGUCCAGGAUCCAACAGCUGAAAGCUGUCAGGGCUCUAGACGGGGACUCGGCAAGGAAGGCGAUUCAUUUGGCGAAGGAUAUUCUCUCGUGUAAACCCGAUGGGGAUCGCAUGUUGGAAGCGAUUCGACAGCUCACAACCAGCGUCCUAAGCGAAACGGCCCAAGCUGGUCAUUCCGUCAUCGAAGAGGAAACGGAUGCUGUCGGUAAAGCUUGGGAUCAACUGUUCGGGGUUUGCGUCGCAGUCUGUGCCGAGAGUCAAUCCGUCAUCGACGCUAUUGAGACUUCGGAGAACGCCUGCAAAGAGCUCGAAGACUGGCUCGUCAACAAUUUGCCCCGGGAACACGCUCUGAAAGCCACCGCUCGAGCCAAACACGAAUACGUCGAGGAACUCAAUCAACUCGAGCCGGAACUACUCAAUCGGCAAUCGCAAAUCAACGCUCUGAAGAACAUCCACGGAGAGAAGGUUGAAACCCUGCGUAACGCGUAUGCAUCUGGGAUCACCAACGUACGGGAGACGACUCAGAAAUGGACCCAGAACGCCAAUCUCCAUUCUGAUUUCGAUAUCCGGUCCAACGAUUUCGACGCAUGGCUGUCUAGCUGCGAAGUCCGAUUUCUCGACACGUCGAGAGGUCAGGGCGAGCAAGCCGAUGUCAAGAAGUUCUUGGAAGACCUCCUCGACCACGUCACGCAAAAACAGGCCGAGUUGGACCGCCUCACCGAUCUCGCGGAACGGGUGUAUCCGCUGACUUCGGCAGACGGUCGAGAGAAUAUUCGCAGCAAGCUUCGCGAUCUCGUCAAGCGUUACGAGAGGCUGUGCGAAAAUCUCUCUAGCCACGUGAAUAAACUGGAAAAAUCCAUCGGACAGAUCGCCGACCUGAGACAAGCGCAACAAGUCCUCGAAAGCAACAUCAAAGACUUCCUGACCGGUCUCAAUUCGAACGAGCAAUUGAAAGCCACACUGCAGGAGAAGAAAGCUCAGCUGCAGGCUCACAAGCUCGUGAACGAGGACAUCAUAUCACAGAAACCGGUCGUGAUGAACAUGCUUCAGAGGACCAAAAAUCUCGAUCAGGCCCCAGACUUCGUGGCUUCUGUCCAGAAGUCCAAGACCGAGUACGAGGAUCUUGUCGAUAAGUCCGCGAAACUCCUGGAUCGACUCGGCAAGGCCGUCGAGCACCAUUCGGAAUUGAAUGAUCUCAUCCGGGAAUUCAAGGAGUGGCUCCAGGUUUUGAGCCAUCAGCUGGAGGAACACAAAGACUCGACCGGCGAUCAGGAGCACAUCCAGAGCAAACUCAAGUCACUCAAUAACCUCAAGUCGAAGUUCGAUCAGAGCGAAUCAAUGCUCAACCGUCUCCAGGCCGCGGCGGAACGGGUCUACCUGAGCACGAACGAGGCUGGAAUAGCCGCUAUCCAGCAGGAAAUGACCGAACUGGAGGAAGCUCUCAGUCAACACGGUGCCACACGCGAUGAGGCUCAGCAUAAUCUCGAGAACGUCAUCAAGCAAUGGACGAGUUUCAAAAAGAAUCAGAAACUCAUCGAAAACUACCUCCAGCAAUCUGAGGCGGAGAUCCAGUCGAUUCAACAAGGCAUUCGGAAUUCCAGCCUCCAGGAGAAACAAGAGCUCUUAAAAACUGCGGAAUCUCUGAAAGAAACCUUGGAGAGCUAUCAAAAAACCAUCGACGGGUUCACCGACGAAGGACAUUCAUUGUAUCAAGCCUCGCGGUUCGAGUCUAUCCAGACCAAAGUCACCCAAAUCAAUUCGAACUAUCGAGCCCUAUCAUAUUCGCUCAAAAAGCUCAUCACCGGUCUAUCGACCUCUCUCGACGGUCUUCAACAGUUCGACAAAGCCCUUGCGGCAUUCGACAUGUGGUUCGACGACGCCCAGAUCACGUUUGAAACUAAAGUUCCAGACAGCGAAUGGCAACCACAAAGAGUCCAAAUGCAGACGCUCCUUGGUCAGUGCAAGAGUCAAGGUCAGACCCUCUUGAACCAAGCCAACGCGAAAGCCGAGGUCAUCAUGCAGGACAUCCCGCCGACAUCUCGAGACGACAUGCGGGACGGCAUCAAGAGAAGGAGAGAGAAGCUGGAUCAGCUGCAGGUCGACAUUCAGGAAGCUCUCAGGCAACUUGACAUCGACUCGGAGAUUAUCGGUCAGCUAACACAGCUGCUCGAAGAAGUGGAUUCUGCAGUCGAGGAAGGUGGAAUACUUCUCCGAGAUUUCGAAAGCGGGCUGCCCGACACUUCGCGAAUGCACGAAAUGACCCACAACAUGAAGGUCUCCGAUCAAACCCUUCGGCAGCUGCUAGGGAGGCUGCAGCUAAUCAGGAGCAAGCUGCGUUCCGAGGAAUAUCUGCGACAGGUAGAUGAUGCCGCCGACAAGGUCGCUAAAACGAUGGCAUCGCUGAAGAACGCCAGAACAACUCUCGAAGACUUCACAUCCCUGAUGUCCGACUUCGACGAAUUGAAGUCAAACCACGAAACCCUUUGGCAACCGAAGAUGAAGGACCGUCUCAAGGCCGGCUCCGACGUCAGCGGUAGCAAAAGCGUUCUGAUCUCUCGACUCGACAAAUUAACGACCGGCGUGACGAACCAGAUCGCCGAAGGUGAGGUCACCAUCGCGAAACUGAAGGACAUCAUUCCCAAAGUCGAAGGUCGGCUGCAGGUGGCGACUGUGUCGGACAUGCAGGCGACUGUGGGGAACUUCGAACACGACCUCGAAACGGCCAAGGUGGAAUUGGAUGCCGCCACGAGGAGACUGGCUGACCAGUCGAAGCAAUGGCAAGAUUUCGAGGACGACUACGAGAAACUCAGUUCGUUGACGAACGACUGGGAAGCUCAAAUCAAAGAGUUCUCCUUGAAGAACACCCUAGACGAGAAGAUCGAAUUGGCGGAAAUGUUCAAGGAAUUGGCGAACGAAAUCAGCUCCGCGCAGAACGCUUUCGACGAACUCGGCCAAGACGCCGAGGCUUUGGAAAAAUCCAGUGGUGAACUGAGACUCUCGAUGCAAUCGUCUCAAUUAAUCACUAGAUUCCAGUCGGUCCUCGCCACGUGCAAGGACAUCGCCAAGAAAACGGAGCAGCAUGUCGUCGAGCAUAAACAGUACCAGGAGAAAUACGUUGCUUGCCUACGAGACAUGGAGACCGCUCGAAGCAAAUACGACAGAAUCGUAGAAAUGCCUUCCGGGAAUAAGGACGAUAUGACAAAGAAAUUGGAGGCCAUCCGCGGAAUGCUCGAUCAACGAAGCACUCUCAUGAACCUCGUCAAUAUCUGUGUUCAGGCCGGAGAGGUUCUGCAGUCAGGUAGUUCUCCGGCCGGAUGGGAAAUCGCUCAGAACCAGAUUAAGCAACUGCAAGACCUCUACGAUAGCAUCUUCGAUGGCUUAGCUGCUCUCGACAAAUCGCUACAAGCCGCAAGCUUUCUAUUGAGCGAGUACGAGGAGUCUUUGCGGAAAAUGCGUCUCUUCAUCGAUUACAUGAGCAACCAGCUUUUGAUGAUCAAACUCGAACCCACCUUUGACAAGAAACGUGCAACCGCUCGCCGAGCUCAAGAUAGUCUCUCGGAGAUGAACGACAAUGUUUACCAAGUCGAAGAGCUCCAGACACGCGCUAAAUCCGUCCCGGGACGAGACGCCGAAUCCGAGCAGGCACUUCAGAAGGUCCUAGUGGACUUCGAACGACUCCACGGCCAAUUGAAGGACGUCUCACAGGAGGCUGAGAACCGGGUCAUGCAGCACGAAAGGCUCCGGACCAAGGUCACGGAGCUCUCCGAUUGGUUGAACUGCUCUUCGCAGAAAAUCGAUGCCUGCUUGGACACCGGGGUCGACAAAGUGACGAUGCGCAGCAAUUUAGAAACCCUUCGCAGCAUCUUAAACUCGUUCGACGAAAAACGAGCGGCAGUGGCCGCUCUGAAGGAGACCGAUGUUCCCGCUGUCUUGCAGGGGACACAUCACGAUGGCCAUGCCGCGAUCAAGGCAGAAAUCGAUGCGUUGGAAAAGCGACUGGAUGAGAUGUUCAAGGGAGCCUUGCAAGAUAAGGAAAACUUGGAAGAGACUCUCAGCCGACUUGAUGACACAGAAAAACAGGCGGAACUCCUGAGGAGUUGGUUAUCGACGAUCGAAUCCGAAUUGAGGUCCAUCAUGCUCGGGGAUAAAUUGUCUACAAAACAAAAAACCCUCGACAACAUUUCCGAACAAGCUGCCCAGAUCUUGAGCAAAGAAUCGGAAGUAAUGAGCGUCGUCAAAGCGGUAGGAUCCUUGGCAGAUUCCGCUUCGGGCGAGAAAAAGAUAUCACGUCUCAGCGAUCUCGAGUCGCGCUUCAAGCAUAUGAAGUCUUUCGCAACGGAACAAGAGUCGAAGUGGCAGAACUUCGUCGCGAACCACUCGAAUUUCGACCAGAAAAUUCGUGAAGCCAAGAGCAAGCUCUCAGACGCUCUCGGCAAGCUCGGCAGUAUUGAGCAACAGACGGCUGGCGAAGUCGCGGACCUGGAGGGGAAUAUCGCAACCGUUCAGCUGCUCCUGAAAGACAAAGAUGAGAUUUUCUCAAAAAUCAACGUCGUCAGUGGAUUGUGCGAAGGUUUGCUCGGCGAAACAGCACCUGCGGGACACGCCGCUCUCCACAACGCGGUGCAGGAGCUGCAGGACAUGAAGGGAGACUUCGUGAGUCGAUUGAACGCUCUGAAGCGUGCUCUCGACGAACAACAUCACGUCUGGAAAGAUUAUCUCAACAUGGUGAACCAGGUGACUUCAUUGAUCGAGCAGGCUGAAGGAAAUCUCAAACUGGCUCUUCAGCCACAGGACACGCUCUCCGAAAAGCGGGCUCAAUGGGAGUCAGUGAAGCAUCUGCUCUACGUCAUGAAGCAGGACGAGAGCACCGUGUUCCAGCUGAAGAACAAAACCGCGAAACUCAUCGAAAGCAAGCCUCCAAACAGAUACACCGAGAAGGGCGAGAGAGCUGUGAAUCGAUAUCACGAGCUCGUCUCUGAAAUCGAGAGCGCCAUCUCAACCCUCAAUGAGAUAUAUGCGCAACACAGCAAGCUCAAGGAGUGCGCCGACGAGCUGAUCGGCUGGAUGCGACAAAUCCGAUCGAAAAUCCCCAAUCUCACCAAGAGUCUCAGCGAUCGUUUGGCGCUCGAGGCGGCGAUCGAAGAUCUUGAGAAGCUCCUGCCGAAAAGAAAGCAGGGCUCGGAGAAAAUGAGCGCUCUCCUCGAAGCGAAGAGUCUCGUGCUCAGAGACGGCUGCACCUCGGAGGCCGGAAGGAAGAUGGUUGAGACCGAGGUCGGAACUCUCCGUAACGAUUUCCACGGGCUGUGCAACGAGAUAGAAGAGGUCGAUAUGAAGCUACAGCAAGUCUGGGCGGAAUUGAAGCAGUUCCGCAAGGACUACGAAGAGGUUUCCGAGGAACUACUGCAAGUCGAGACGGAGAUCAAAUCCUACAAACAACGUCUCCAGCCCGACCUCGAGGCGAAAGACAAAAACGUCGAUGACAUCAAAGCCUGCAUCCAGCACCUGGACGACAUUAAAGAGCAAGCGGACGACAUCGCGAAUGAUGCGAAAAAUCUCUUGGCCUCCCACCUCGAGAGCUACAUCAGGAAUCAAUUGUCUGUCCUGACGUCUCGGUUGCAGGUCGCGGCUAACUUGGCUAGAGACGUUCUCGGUCGAGCCGAGGAAGCCUGCGAACAGCACCGAGCGUUCGCUGCAUUGGUCCACAAAGCCAAGGAUUGGAUCCAUACGGCAACGGCCCGACUGAACGCCUGCAGCGGAGCCAAAGACACUCGCGAAGAGCUGGAGGCUCAACUGAACAGUCUCCAGGAGCUGCUGAGGAAGAUGGACGAAGGUCAGAGUUUGGUCCAUUCGGUCGUGAACUCGAGCGAUCGCGUUGUUAGAUCAACGCAUCAAGACGGGAAACAAACCAUCAUCGACGAUGUCCACAAGCUUCAAUCCGACCUCGAAAUGCUGAUGAGUCGCCUCGGCGACGCUAAGGUCGCGGCCGAGUCGGCUUUGAUGCAAUGGGAUGACUUCAAAUCCUCGGAGAAGCGAAUGCGUCAGUGGAUUGAAGACCACAAAAAGAAGCUGAGCGAUCUCAAGACUUAUCAUAUGCUCGCUCCAGGGGACAAAGGGGUCAGCCAGCGUCGGGUCCGUUUCCGAAGAUAUCAGUCACUCGCUCAGGACAUCGAAUCAUUCGAGCCGAUGAUAGAGAGUGUCACGAGCAAAGGCCGUCAGCUGCAGCGCGACAAAUCCGCCGCCGAGAUCGAAGAGCAGUUCAAGGAACUCAGCGGAUCUGCGAAAUCAUGCUGCACGAACGAGGGCCAGCUACUUCAGGCUCUCGACAAAUUCGCCGACGCUUGCCAGAAAUUCAUCUCCUGGCAAAACGCCGCAAGCGAGAGAGUCUCAAAGGGCAGCCAGCCCAGUGGUGAUCAGAAUGAACUGCAGAACAGAGUGGAUCUGCUAAAGAAUCUCAAUGACGACAAAGCCACUGGCAACGAUCUGCUCUCUGAGGUCGUCUCCACCGGAACCGAAUCUCACAAGUGCUUGUUGGCCGCCGACGAGCCCGAGGACGCCGAUCUGGUGAAUGUUGAAGUUGAAACUCGCAAGAAAGACUACGAUGACUUCCUGAGGAGCUGUGAUAAGCUCAAGCAGCUAAUCGAGUCUGGACUCGAGCUCCGUGAAGACUACGAGGCCCAGUACCGAAAAUGCUCCGAAUGGCUCGAUGCGACCCAGCCCCCAGUCGAGAACUUCGAUCGGCUGUACGGCGAUCUCUACGAGAAAAGGAAAGCUCUCGAAGAGUUCCAACAAUUACUUCAAGUCGUAUUCGAAUGGCAGCCCGAGUUCGAUGUGCUCAACAACAAAGCUCAGAAGCUCUUGGACAUGUAUUCUGACUCGACGAUAUCCACGAGUGUCGCUCAGCUCUCCAACCGUUAUACGAAUUUCGUCAGUAAAGCCAAGGACAUCCUGCACGACCUCGAGCAGCACUUCCAAGAGCAUCAACAGCAACAGUGCAUUUACUCUGAGUGCAUCGAGGUCAUCGACCGAACUAAGGAGAAACUUGAGGAUCUGCCAACUUCCCAUGAGACUCAAGACGGAAUCGAGUCGAAGGUAGCCUGUCUGAAAACUUUGGCUUCGACUCUCGAGCACAACACCCACCGGAUCAGCUACCUCGAUGAGCUCACCGAGAAAGUGAUCAAGAGCACGUCGGCCGACGGAGCUCACCAGGUGGAGUCCGACAGCGCCAACGUAAAACAAGACCUCCAGAGCCUCGUCGACGAGGUCGCCAAGCGGCUCAGAGAGGCACAGGAGCUGCUCGAGGAGUUCACAGAUUUCACGAAUGAAUUCCGUAGGUUCUCGAAUUACCUCGAUGAGCUUAAGCUCGACGACGUGGCGGAGAAGACCACACUGCCCGAUAAGAAGCUGCUUUUCGACAAAUACAAGUUCGUUAUGAACGAUCUCGAGUCAUUCAGCGACUUGGCUUCGAAACUCCGAUCGAAAGAAGGAGGGAAAUUCGCUGAAAAAGCCAAGCUCAUCGUGCAGAAAUACGAUUCCGUUCUGCAGACCGUCCAGGAUCAACUCCGUUCCUUGGAAUGGGACAUCAAAACCAUGGAGGAGUACAUGGCCGCCGCGGCUUCGGCUUCCGAGUGGCUAGCGGACGCCCACGACAAGGUGAAGAAGUGCAACGACACUUCAGGCAGCGAGAACGCUAUCCGGGAGCGUCGGGAAAUUCUCAGAACGCUACGAGAGAAUCUCGCCGAGGGCGAACGGCUCGUGACCCAGUGCAGUUUUCUCUGGGACCAUCUCAAGCCCACUUGGGUUCACUCGGUCGAAGAACACGUCACGGGUCAGCUGCGUCAAAUGGAGGAAGACUUCGAAUCCCUGAAGCAGCUGUUCGCAAGCGCAGAAGAAGAGCUCGAUAAAUGUCUGUCGUCGUGGGAGAAUUUCAACUCGCUCUUCGAUUCGUUAUCGCGAUGGAUCGGCGAUUUCGAAUCGGCGACCAAAACAGCCAUUGCCGAAGUCGACUCCGACUCGGCGAACUGGCCGAGCCUCGAGAAGACGCUGACGAACUUGUUGAGCGACGCAUCCAACAAACGAUCCGACGUCGACAGUCUCAACCAGCUCUGUGAGAAUCUCGUUGCGUCAACCGUCCGUGUCAGGGAGCAGGUGGUGUCGAUAUCGAGCAACUACGCAUCGCUCGUCGGGUCUCUCAAAGACAGUCUAGCCAAGGUUCAGAAGAGCCAGGUUCAGCACGAACAGUUUGAAAACGCUCGGAACGCGUUCACGGACUGGCUCAAGAACGCCCUGACCGUGUUCGACAACAACAGAGAGAUGUCGAUGAAGGACAUCGGGACUCGGGUCGAACGGCUUCAGACUCUGAACAGCGAUAUUCCCACGGGGAGAAAUCACCUCGCGAACGUUGUUGAGGCCGGCACCCGUUUACUGCUGUCGUCGUCGAGCGAUUCGAAUGUCCGAAGCGACAUCGACAACAUGCAGAAAGAACUCACGAAACUCUCAAGUGACCUGAGUGAAACACUAUCCAAGCUCUUGUCCUUGUCCAAGAGGUGGUCCGAGGCUAUGACCAAAAAGCAGAUCCUGGCUCAAUGGAUCGAGAAAAUGUCCCGUGAGCUCCAGUCUCCGCUUCCGAGCGGGGACGUGGUCCAGAUCCGCAACAACAUCGAGUUCUGUAAAUCUUCCAUUGCCAGCAUCGAGCAGCAGUCCAUCAAGCUGGACGAGCUGCUUUCGGAAGUUGUGGAACUCUGCGAGAGAACCGGAGACCACGAAAUCAUAUCCGAGCUCGAUGAGCUGCGAGAGCGCUUGAACGUGCUACACGGCCGAACACAGAGCGCUCUGGAGUCUUUGGAAAGCGAUCUGGCUGCACUUCAGGCCUACCAGAAACUGCUCCAGGAGACGGAGAAAUGGCUGCUUCAGAUGAACAUGCAGAUCAUGGCGCAGCAUUCGCUGCAGAUUCUCAAUUGCGAGCAGACGGAGAAAGAACUCGAAAAGUACCAGAGUCUCCUGAACGAAGUUCGCGCAUACGAGACGAACAUCACCGAUGUUUGCUCGACCGGUCAGGCUCUGAUCGACGCUUACGAAGCUUCGGCGCCUCAGACGGCAGAAACCGUUUCCCAGCAGAUCGACAACAUUCGGGAAAGUUACACGUCGUUGUUAGCUGCAGCUAUAAAGAUUCAGUCGAGGCUAGAGAACGCUUUGGAGAAGUUCCGCGCAUACGAGAAAAUGAUCUCCUACUGCGAAGGUCUGCUGAACGAAACAGAGAGCUCGAUCACCGGACCUCAAGAGCAGCCGAAGACCAAGGACGCGAUCAAGUUCGCUCUCGAUGCCAAACAGGCUAAACUGAACCAGCUCAGCCAGGCUCGAGACUCCUUGCAGUCGGCCAUUCAGUCUUGCUUGGACGCGGUGUCUUCUGUGAGCAGGCCAUCUAGUCCCGAAGUCAGCCAGGUCUUCAAGCUUCCCGAACAGGAGGUCUUCGUCAAGAUACGACUCCAGGACUGCAUCGAGCAGCUGGAGCAACAGAUUCAGGACCUCAGCGAGCUGCUCGUCAACAUGGAAAACGUCACCAAACGCCUGGAGGAAGCCCGUAGAUGGUUAGCUGCCCAGCAUUCGCUCGUCGGUCAAAUAUCUAAGGAUAAGCUCUCGUGGGACCUCGGCGCGAUUCACGGGAACUUGCGGAAACUCGAGGGAAUCGCUGUCGACCUCACCGGUCAGAAGGACACUCUCGAGAAAUUCCUCCUCUCGACCCACGUGCCGAUGGACGAGGCGAUCAGCGGUGAUUUCGCGGCUCUGAGAACGAAGCUGGACGAGAGCUUAGAACAGCAACGCGACCACCUCGAGAAAGUCGAGGGCUUGAACACGCUCGUCGACGAGAUCCGAGCGAAGAUCAACGAUGUUGAAGCAUCCCUCGUCGCUGCUGAUAAACCAGCCCGUGGCAACGCUAAGCAACGCCAACAAGCUCUCCAAGCGAUACUGAUGGAUUGCGACGUUGUCGACGAACGAAUUUCGGCGGCGAGAACGCAGCUCGGGCUUCUCAAAGGUGUUCUGCAAGAUCAGGACUACAGCAAGCUCCACGACGAACUCGGAGAAGCCACCAAGAAAUCUGACGAUCAACGGAAGCGAAUUCUCCGACGUUCGAAAAGUCUCGACCUCAUUCAAACGAAUUUCGACGCUUUGGCGAACGACAUCAAGCAGGGCGGCGACUGGGCCGAUGAGAAACUCGCCUCCUUGCGGGCAUCCUGCAAUCCAGGAUACUCCCCGAGACCAAUCGAGGAUCGUCUCCAGGACUCGAAAGUUUGCUGCUCGGAAGUGCAGAACAUGUCCUUGAUCCUUCCCGAUCUCGAAAGCAGGACGUCGUCGCUCAUAAACGACCUGGACACUUUCGAUUCGCAGAAACUGAAUCAGAGUCUCGACGAUCUACGGAGCAAGUUCGCCAACGUCAAGGACUUAGCUGAGAACCGCAGGGACGACCUCGCGAAAGUUCUCGACAAGAGUCGGGAGUUGGAGUCGAUUUUGAAACAGUGUCAUCAAUUCAUCAACGAGAAGAGAUCGGAAAAAGUCGAUCGGGAAAUCCCGAUCAGCGAUCAGCUGAGAUCCUAUCAGAAGAAACUUUCCGAACUGAAACAGUUCGAGGAUUCGACGCUGAAGGAACUUCUCAGACGGGGAUUCGCUAUGGAGCAGCAUUGUGACCCCGAAGCCAAAGAGUCGCUGAAGAGCGAGAUCCAGAAGCACGUCGACGACUUCAACGCUCUCACGGUGGAAACCGUCGAGAAGAUCCAGCUUUUGAGCAAACUAUCCGAGACCGAAGAAGAGUUCAACAGACUGAUGAACAGCACCCAGCACCUGUUGGACGAGACCGAGGCUUCCGCGCAAACCGAUGUCAUCACAGACGCCGCACCGUCGGUUCUAGAAGAACAGAUCCAAUCGUUCAAUCGUCUGCACAACGCGACGCGGCGCCUUUCCGGCGACCUCGGCAAGCUGAAGGAGCUCCGCGACGAUCUACGACCCCGAACAAAGCUCGCCAAAGCGGACCGAAUCGAAGUGUUCGAACAAUUGAAAACAAAGCUCCGAAACGACAUCGACGAGAAGAUCCGACUGCUGAGAGACUCGUUCGAGAAUCAGUCUCAGCUCCGGGUUCAAAUCAAAGAGCUGAGAUCGAAACUCGAGGACCUGAGUCGGCAGUACGACCAGCUGAACGGCCCCAUCGGCGGCACGGUUGACGAUGCCAAGACCGCAGUCCUGUCGUCGCAGAAGCUGCAGGACGAGUUGCACGAGCUCGAGAACGAGAUCAACACCAUCGUGUCGAGACCGUUCCUCAAGGACGAAAUCACUUCUCUGAGCAAUGACGCCAGCGCUCUCGGCAAAAGAAUCGAACGGCUUCUGGCCAAGGUGCGGAACGGAGUUCAGCUCCGAGAGGCGUUCUACCGAAUCGUCGAAUCGGUCAAAGAGACAGCGACGAAAGUCGAAGACACCCUGCGCCACAUCGACGAAUCGCGCAAAUCGUUGGCCGAAAGGAUUCCCGUCUACACCCAGUCACUUUCGGACUUGGGUGAGGCGGAAGGGCAGCUGCAGGUGGCGCAGGACAAACUUGACAAGAUGGCGCCGGACACGAUCGUCGCCGAUCAGAACGAUAAUCAGCAGACCCUGCAGCAGAUGAAGAACUCUCUCUUGCAGCUCAGGAAACGAAUCCAGGACCUCCAGGUCCACCACGAGUCUAUGCUCAAGGAACAGGCUAAGCUCCUAGGAAGAUUCGACAAGCUGAUCCAGAACCUCCAAGACGACGAGACGAAGGUCAAACAGCGACCUCAGCUCUCGUCGUCCGGUGACGACAUCGCCCGUUUCCUGAACGAGCAGCAAUCCUUGGAAAAAUCGGUCGAUCAACACCUGCUCCAAGCCGAGGAGCUUCGCAACGAAGUGAUGAAUCAAGUUCCCGAGAACGCUUCACGAUUCGAGGAGAAACUCGGCGAACUCGCGCGGUACAACAGCUCCCUGCCCAGAGACCUGCAGGACCGCCGACUUUACCUCGAAGAGGCCCGGGCGAUGAGGCUCGAGAUGAAGUCUCAUCUAGACGCUGUCGCCGGAUGGAUAGAGUCGGCGAAUUGCAUUCUGCAGCAGACCGUGGACUAUGACAACCUCGACAAGGUUACCUCGGACUUGAAGUCGUUGGUUUCGGAGAGCGAGGAACACGACCAGAGUCUGAAAGCCUGUCAGAGCCUUCUCCCGAAGCUCCGAUCGACGAUGCGCGACGACGACGCGAUCGCUUUGGAUAGAACAAUACUUGGCACAGCGCAAGAGUUCCACGACCUGGUCUCGCGGCUCCAGAAGAAACUCGCUGAUCUGACCGACGACAUGAACCUGGUGAACAACCUCAAGAAACUCCUCCAGAAAGCCCAGGCUCUCAUCAGCAAGGUCAAGCUCUCCGAAGGCUGGCCCGAUUCGAUCCCGGCCGUUCAACUGCGAAUCAAAGAACUCAAGAAAGCCUCGAAAGACAUGCAAGCCCAGCAAAGUUUGAUCAACGAGUUCAACGCCGUAUCCGCCGUGCUCGAGCAGAAAGCGAGCCCUGAUACACGGAAACAUAUCUCAGCGUAUGUCGCCCAAGUCAACGAUCAAUGGCAGAAACUCUUGAGCGAUAUCGCGGAUCAGCUCAAGGUUCUUGAGGAUGUCCUGCACAAGUGGGAAUCGUACAUGAAGACUCACAACGACGCCGACACCAAGAUCACGCACGCAGAGAACGAGCUCAAACAAGGCAAAGCAACGAUCAACGACCUCGAUGCGGCAGACACUAUUCUACAGAGUCUCGAAACGAGCCUCGUUGAGCUUCGUGAAAUCGUGAGGGCAACCGACGACCUCUCCCGACCGGUGCUAGCCUACCUCGUCAGCCACGGAUCCGAGCAGAACAUCGCCAUAGAAAAACAAGUACAAUCUCUCAAAGAUCGGAUCGAGCGAUUGGAGACCGACAUUGGCGAACAACUAGCACUGGUGAAAGAGGAGAAACAGAUUUCGGAGCAUUUGAAUGCACGAAUUGAGCAUUUAUCGAAGCAACUUCAAGAAUUGGCGGAACAGGUGAAAGAUCUCGACGUCAUGUCCGACGACGAGAACUUAGAGCACUUCAUCGAGCAGAUGCGGCAGGACGUGCAGGACCUCAGCAAAGAAGUCAGGGACAUGGCGGAAUCGACGAAUCGGAGAUACCUCUCGCGUCGAAUGUCGAUACCGGACGCGAUCGGACAAGCGCUAUCGUCGCUUGAGGUUCUGUCCGAGGCGGUAUCGGGUUCGUUGGACGACAAAGAGAAACAAUUCACUCUAGCUGUGAAAUGCCGUAAGGAAUAUAUUGCGGCGGUGAGGAAGGUCGUCGAGUGGCUCGAAAGAGCGCAGCAAACACUUCAAGACAAAGAAUCAAACAUCAGCGAAAUCGAGACGCAGCUCAUGUCGUUGUCGAGCCAGGUCCCCGAUAUCAAGCACACGAUGCAUAACGGAGUGACACGGAACGGCCAACAGAUCGCAGAGUGGUCGACGGAUACCGAGGAAAAAACUUCCAUACUGUCGACGAUUAGCUCUCUCGGCGAAAAACUCGUCGAAGUCGACAACUGGAUUCAGGAAAGACUCCUGCAAGUCAAGAACGCACACCAUCUCAGGGAACGCUUCCUGGCUCUCCACGAGAACCUUCAGAAAUGGAUCGGAGACAAUAUGACGUUCCUCACCGACAAGGAGCCUCUGGUGACCUUAGACGUCACUAAGCGGCGUGUCGCUAAAGCCAAGGAAAUGAAGCACGACAUUCCACAAUCGCAAGGCUACCUGAACGAAAUGGGAACUCUCAUCAAUAAAAUCGGUGAUAUUUGUGAUAUCGCGGACCUCCUAGCUAUUCUCGAUGCCGAUGAGGAGCAGCAAAGUUCCACUGAAUCCCACCUGGUAGAAGAAGUUACCCUGCUCAACGAGAUGAUCGAGGAAUGGGAACAAUGCGAACGGAAGAUCAAAGAGGUCACAGACUGGAUCGGCAAAUGCUUCAGCAAACUCGAAAGCCCACAGGGAUCUCCUCAGAGAAACAAAAACCUGAGGGAACAGCUCAAUAUGCGCGAGAAAAUUCUGAAGGACGUUGCGACGCAACGAACUCGCCUCGCGAUGGCCAUAGAGAAGCUGCUCGUUCAUUUCAAGGAUCGAAAUUAUUCUGGCCAGGAGAAUCAGAUGGUGCUCCAAGUGGGAGAACUGUCCCUCGAGCUCGCACGACUUCAAGCAGAUGUUGAUCAGCAGUGUCAAACGCUGUCCGUCUGUCUUUCGCAAGAAGAACAGUAUCAGCAAGAUCUUCAGAGACUGCGCCAGCUAUUGGCAAUGUCAGAACGUCAAUUGAAGAUUGCCUGCAGUCCCGCCAUGAGUGUGCAGGAGAAACAGGAGCAGCUCAAGCUGCAGCAGAUAUUCCGUGACCAAAUCGCCUCCUACAAGUCGCAAGUCACCGAGCUCCAAGAACGCUUGAAGAAGCUUCAGAAUAAGCAUCUGCCGGACGUUGAGCCAUUCCGCGUGAAGAUUCAGGCUCUACCCAAGGAUCUGGUCGCGUCGAAACCUCAUCUGGCUGCCUUGAUGGAAGUUCCCGAACACCGUCCCUACGUUCGUACACCGCGCGCGAGCGCGAGACCUUCCCGGGAGGCGAGUCCCGACCGACCGAUGUCUUCUUUGAGCUGGUUCCUGCCGACGCCUUCAGGACCAGCGGCUUCCGGAAUAACACCCGAAGCUCUUUUGGAAGGCGUGUUCCAAAGCCCGAAACUCGUGUCGACUCUUGGCGGAGCCGACGACGAUGACGUUACCGACAUACGAGUACCGGUACCCACUCCUACGCCCCCUCCUCCCUCCUCUCAUCCAAUGACCUCUUCGGGGGGCAUCGCGCCCGUGACCGAGAUCAUAGUCGUUUACGCCGCGACUCGAGAGGACGGCGGAGGCGUCAAACCGAAAAAACGACCGGAUGUGAUUUCCGCUUCACCAGUGUCAAACAAAAAACAGAAAAGUAAUUCGCCCGAGGGUGGCAGUACUACCGUGAUGCAAGUACUUCAAACGAGCACACAGAUGCAGACACCGCCUACGACGGUGAUCAGCACUCAAGCGAGCGCCGUCACUCUGCCCAGUGCUAGUGUAGUUCAGCCUCUGGUUGUGUCCUCCGCGACAGCUACUACGACAACGACGGAAUCGACUCGGCCUUUUUCGCCGAGACAACAGGCUCCGGCGAAUUAUGCCACCGAAAUUGUGUCUGAUUCUCCUCCUGAAAGAGACGAAAUUUCGGAUGACAAGGUUUGA